AUGGACCGAUUCUGUGCUCGUGAUGGAUUCACUAUGGAAAAAGAAAAGGUUGAUGUAGCAAAAAAGAAACCCAUUUGUCACAGGCCUGUGCGUAAACGCCUCACUACCAAAAACUACUACAAGUCAAAGAAAAGAGCUUCUCUUCAACAAGAACCUAAUGUAGAUGGUGAUAGAGAUUCACCUGCCGACCCUCCUGCUAAUCCACCUGUUAAUCCAACUGCUAAUCCACCUGCUAAUCCACCUGCUGAACCACCUGCUGUCCGUCCUCACCCUCAAAUUGAGCACAGCUACUGUGGGAAUAAUUCCAGCAGCAAUAAUAUACCUGAGUCAGCAUGGGUCACAGUUGCUGUUCUUACCCUUGGAGGAGCUGAAGAGCCUGCCCCAGAGGCAUCUGGCAUUUCAACUGUUCAACUUAUUGAUCAACAGACAGAACAUAAAAAUGCAGAGCCCACAGAAUUUUCCAUUCUACAGUCAGUCCAGAGUGCCCUCCCACCACACUGGUGUGUGGUGGAAAUCGAUCAUGGACUGCAUAUCAUGCUCCAGUCAAAAGAUUCUGCCCGGGUAGUACAGAGGUCAAUAUUUGCCUACUACCCUUCCGGUACUGUGAAAGUUUUUGCUCAUGGUCAUGAAUUGCCCACACGGAGCCAAACCAUCACCUCAGCAUCAGUGUCCAAAAGUGCCUUUGUCCAGGAAGUCAUUGCAGUGGUGAAGGAAAUCCGUCUGUUGGAGGUCUGUGUGGGGGCUAAUGACCUGCACUUUGAAAAGUGGUGGAAAACAUGUCUUGAGACAUGUGCCAUUGAUAACAACAGUUUUCAUGAAGAGCGCUACAGGAAAACUUUGCGCAGCAAUGACUGCCAGUACUUGGUUAAUCAGCCAAAAAAAUUUUGCAGUGCAUGUCAGAAAGUAGUGUCAAGAUUUAAGAAGAGGAAAGCACCAGCCACACCUUCUUCUCGCAAGAAGACUCCAAACAAGUUCAUAGCAUACAAGCAUCUCAACUCUGCUGAGAAAGAAGCUCGACAGAAGAGAAAAAGCAAGGACGUGAAGAAUCUGAAGAGGAAAUUCAAUAGACUGAAGAUUGAUGGCAUUAUCAGGGAGCAGGGCGUUGCUGUAAAAUCUGGGAUGGACAACACACUGGGCAAAACUCUGGAGGCGGGUCUUCGAGAACUGCAGAGUAAGGAUUCUCAAGACCCAAAGGACAGGUUUCUUCAGGUGUUUAUAGAACAACAAUUGGCAGCCCGGAAUGCCAAAGGCAACCAUGGCAUCACGUGGCACCCACUCAUGAUAAGAUUUGCCUUACAAUUAAAGUUCUGUGCCCAGUCUUCAGUCAAUGCAAGUCGCAAUUUCAUCCGGCUGCCUUCAGAUCGCCUACUUUGGGACUACACACAUAUAUAUGAUGUAAAACCAGGUGUUCAGGAAGAAUUCAUAAAUGAGAUUGCAGAGAAAGUGCAUGCUAUGAAGUACAAGUAUCAGAAUUAUCAUGUAUUGGCGUUUGAUGAAGUCACCUGUAAAGAGGGUCUUGUACAACGAAAAGGCACAGGUGAAAUCAUUGGAUAUGCAAAGCUAAAUGAAGUGCAGACUGAGUUGGCUGAUCUUAGGAAGAAACUCGAGGCAGAAGCAGAAAAUAUUCCCCUGAUCACUACAUCACCACCACCUAUUGCACGGAAAAUGCUAUCUUUCAUGUUGAGGGGCACCAGCAGCAACAUUCAAACCUGUGUGGCUUCGUACCCAGUCAAUUCAUUAUCAAAGGAGGACUUGUACCAGUACGUGUGGGAAGUCACUGGGAGCCUUGAAUUUGCUGGUGUGAGAGUUGUUGCAUUUGUUGCAGAUGGAAGUGCAGUUAACCGCAGCUUCUUCCAGAUGCACCCAUCUGAAGAAAAGUCAUAUAGUGGACUUGUCUACAAAACUCCAAAUCCAUAUGACCCCAACAGAAAUAUUUUCUUCAUUCCUGACCCCCCUCAUGCUCUAAAAACAACAAGAAAUUGUCUGGAAAAUUCUGGAAGAAAGAAGAGCAGGAGAAUGCAGAAAAAUGGUGAAGUACUAACCUGGAAGCCAAUAAUUAGGCUUUUUAAAUGGAAAUCUGAGCAGACUAUCAAGAAACUGCCCAAAUUGACAGCAGCCUCUGUAUAUUUGAAUUCAUACUCCAGGAUGAGUGUACCUUAUGCAUGUAAGGUUUUAAGUCAUUCUGUCUCUAGCCAGCUGGCUGAAUUGGGCUGGCCAGAAACUAGAGAACUUUGUAUUUUUAAGGUUGUUCAAUGAACUUUUUGACCUCGGAAAUGGCGCCUUCAAGAAACAGUGGGUAUUAAGCCAAAAGCCUAGAUUUAAGCCCUACUCGAGUCUUGAUGAUCCAAGAUUUGCUGAAUACGAAGAGAAAUGGAAGUACUUGGAAGAUUGGAAGAAGGAAGUGGAGUCAAUGCCAGGCCAAAUGAAAGAUAAGAAACACCUGCUGCUUUCAGAUCAAACUCUAAAUGCUUGGGAGAUGAUCUGUAAGUCUAUCCCUGAGUGUAUACAGUUCUUGUUGAGAGAAGGAACAAAGUAUGUUAUGGCAAGAGUGUUCUGCCAG